AUGGAGGACCUGCUCCAGGUCUUCAGCAGCCUGGUAUCAGACCGAGUACGGCACUUCGAGCUUGUGAAGGUUACUAGCAACGCUUCUCAUGCGAAGGCUUACGUGUUGGUCGCCGAUGGAGGGUUACACCUGGUCACUGGUUCACUUAGCAGCACUCUGAAGAGCGGCAGCUUCAAAUAUGAAGCCAUCACGAGUGUCGAACAGAAUGGCAACGUGAUAACGCUUCAAAUCUCGCCAGAUGCUGGAUCUUCGCUGCAAGCGCUUGAGAUGGGAACCCCCCGCCGUACUCAGCUAUACACCAAAAUCAAAAUAGCGCUUCGUGCCCGUUACAUGCUAUCCGAAUAUAAGGAAGAAGAAAACUCUUCCGAUGAAGAGAAUGAUGAAAAUGAUGGCCAAGAGCGUACACUGUUGCCUUUCAAAGGUUACAAAAAGGUGACGUUGACUGGCUACUUUUUCUUCGUUCGGGACACAUUUGAGCACACUUCCUUUACAAGUGGGAGUUUGAUACGGUUACAAGACAUCGGCAGGUGUAUUUCCAUAAAUGUCAAUGUACGGGAUACAAUGCCUCUGAACUCACCUGAGAUGCCAAAACAUCAAGACCUAUACCAGUAUUCUCGCAGUAUCUUGCACGAGCUAGGUACAGCAGAGGUGCUUGUUGAUGGUGUGUAUAACAAACGCAUGAACCUUAACAACGACCUUGCAUCGUGGUCAUGCUACCACUUGUUAGUCCGUACCGACACAUCUCUCGUGGCAUUCUUCAUAUUUCGCCGGAUGUACAUACCUCCAAUGUUUGACAAAUGCCAGGAUAUUUCGAUUCGUUUUUCGGCCUCUUUGCGCAGUCCGGCAAUGUCGCACGUCUCAGCGUUGUACAACGAGAUCAGCACGACCGCCAAUUCUCUCACAGCUGUCGACGAGUACAACAUGUGGUACAAGGACCUCAUUCAGGUCCGUUUGGACAACCUGCGCUUUGACCAUCCGAUGUAUGCAUUUUUGAAGCGACAGGGUGGUGUAGUACCUAGCUACCACAAGCUAAUAAAAGGUUUCACGCUAUCAGUGUUGCGUUUGCUUCCUCCAGAUUUUGUGGAUCCGUAUGUGAUUCAGCAGCUGAAUGACCCAAUGGUCCUCGCCAGCGAUGAUCCCAUGGACUACAUCUAUAACGUUAAGGCCUUAAUGUUUGGAAUUGGAAGCUCCGAGGAGAUUCCUGACCGCAAAGAGCUAAUGAAUCGAUUCGACAUGCGCCUCGCAGAUUACAUCGCACUCUGCAUAGAUGACCUACUUAUGGGUCAUCAUCUUUCACUAGCUAUUUUGACACGGUACCUGAACUGUAUGGAAGACAGCGCCUACAAAAAGAAGUUGCGCAGCGUAACGGCUUACCUCAUACACUUUCGGCCGAUCGACUUUACCAAGGCGUACUCACCUUUACUCUUGGAUAGAAUAAUAGAGUCCUAUUGUGUCGAUAGUGGUGGCUUCAACUGGUCAGGAGUGGUGUUCAAUCAUUAUGCCGCGUCGCGCAUGAUCGAGGAGGGGUUCUUCAUACACCAAUACGCCAAAGAUAUGCGGAAUGCUCACAGUGAGUGGAACCCUUAUGUUAGCUUGGUUAGCGACCUCCUCGAUAAGUACAACGACGACCUCAUAAUGGAACGUGUCUUGAAGAAGUUCCUGGACAUUCCUCAGCCGAUUGACCCGUCAUAUCUGCCUCUUUUGAAGUGUAUGAUUCGUAUGCUGCGGAGAUACUCGAUGAACUACAAGAUUGUUGUGAUCAUUACUUCAAUUUUGACAAAUUUUAGCUUCAACUCAAAAAUUUUCAAGGAUCAUAUGAUCAAGAAUGGCGUUGCCACACUCUUAAUAGAAAACAUGUUAUCGGGUGAGGACCAAAUCGUACUGUCUACACUAAAGCUCAUGAUCAAUAUAACCAAGACCCCUGAUCAUCAGAAUGCGUUUAUCAGUCAUGGUGUCAUGAGCAACUUCAUUGUGAUACUUGAGAAAUAUUAUGCGAAGAAUAUCGAAAUAAUCGCAUUGUCUGCGGCUGUUUUGGGUCAGCUCUUCAACUCUGGUAUUAUGCGAAUGACUUCCAAACAGCUUGAGUACAUCAUAGAUGUGAUGUUAUUUUCUUACCAUAUAGGAGCGCAGGACGUUGGCCAAAUAGGCAUGUUGUUGUUUUGCCUGAAGAAGGCGCCCAAAACGGGUGCUAUGCAUAUCAAGGUAGGACAGCACAUGCUUCGUUCCAUCGUGGUGGACCUUAAGGUGUAUCGUGACGAGGCGUUUGUGGUCAACGCAUUGGAGCUACUGCUAGAAUUAACCGCGCGGGUGCAAAAUUGCAUCGCUAUGCGCCAGCUAGGUGUAUUAGAAGCGGUUGCACAGGUGCCACUAAAUGACACAUCCGUGCAACUUGCAAACAAGUUAAAGGAGCGCAUUGUACGAAGGACUCGUUGUCUGGAGUCUACAGUGUAA